ACCUCGUCAGCCUAGCUCAUCCAAUCCAGCCAGACUGUCUCAGACCUCUUGACAAAGAGCAUAACGCGCCACACGGUCAACCCUUGCUUCGGCGGCUCCACUCCUAAUCAAAUCUAAAGAGCCUGACAAAGUAUACUUGUGGGCACUCUCCGAUAGGACACACAACAGCUCAUUAGCACGUACACCGUUCACACUGGCCACGAUGGCCAAACCAACACGCCUCGCGGCCAAUAGCGAGCCGCUUCACAUCUUUCAGGACGAUUUCGCCAACCAUCCCACACCUUCGAUCAGCAGAGCGCCGAUGCCGUCAGUAGGAAAGCCAACAUCACCACGCCGAGCACUCUCUAGCACAGAUGCCAAUGCGCUCUUUCAACCGCCGAAUGGGUUUCAGAAGCAGGCCGGUUCGCCUUACAAACCCAACGGACAACCAAGAACAAUGCCUCUUGCCCCCCUUGGACAGUCACAAAGCAACAAACUGAAUUCAGUAUCAAUCUUCCCCCCAAGCGAAGGGGUUCGGGGUUCAACAGAUUCGCUGCCAAAGAAGCAACCUCUCAUGUCAAGAUUCAAGACCGUGGCGCAGAAGCCAAGCAUGGAGUCCACUGUGAACUUCGGCAAGGAGAACAUGCAGCCGACUCUUUACCCGGCUCCGCCCACCUUCAACGUCAAUCUCGAGAACUUCUAUCCGAAAGUCCCUGCCAAGCGCGGCCUCAUGGAAGCAGCCCCUAUCAAGGAUUCCAGGCCAGCGAAGAAGACCAAAGUAGAGGAUGGAUUCAGUCUCGAGACCAUGCCGAUGCUCGCAGACGACGGAACCAAACCCAACCAUAGUUAUGCUCAGCUCAUCGGCAUGGCGAUACUGCGCGCGCCUCAACGGCGCCUGACACUAGCACAGAUAUACAAGUGGAUCUCAGACUCAUAUUCAUUCUACAAGGCAGACGACGCUGGUUGGCAGAAUAGCAUCCGCCACAACCUUAGCUUGAAUAAAGCUUUCGUCAAGCAGGAACGACCAAAGGAUGAUCCAGGAAAGGGCAACUACUGGGUGAUCGAGCCAGGCAUGGAGCUUCAAUUCACGAAAGAGAAGACCACUAAGAAAGCUGCAACGGGGGCGGAGAACGUUCCUGUGAUGUCGGUGGCCAGUCGAUUGGAGCCUGCGCAGGUCGAGCACACCGUCUACCAGGCCGGUCUCCCUUCUUUACCGCCAGUGCUACCCAUGCAAUCGCUACAAUCUCACAACGGGCUUUCCCUACAAGCCGCACCUCUACCAGCACCGGAGGUCUCAUCCGAUGCUACAAUCCCCAUGUCCGACAAUGCGGCUCCCGAGGAUCACACCAUUAAGCAACAAGAGCAUGACCUCCCCAACGAUAGCAGCUACUCUCCUCUGCCCGCCAUCAUGCAUUCUUCACCACCAAUUCCAAGGCAUAUGGAGCCAAGGAGCAAUACUCCGCCGCCAGUCUCGAGAGGACCGUGGUCGUCUCAAUCUCGCAAGCACAAGAGGAAGUACGCCUCAAUGGACGCAUCUCUAGACGAUAGUGGCUACAUCUCGUCGUUGGACUCGUCUGUGAUGCGUUCCAACCAGGCUGGUCGCUUGCUCACUUCCGAAGCCGAUCGACCUAGGAGCAAGCGUUCCCGGGCAGGCGGACGCGCUGAGGAGGAGAUAGCCAGACUUCGAGCAUCUUCCUACGACAGCCCUACUCGUGGACGUUCCCAUGGCGGCGCGCCGCCAUCAUCAUCGCCGUUACGCCAGCAAAACGACGGUAUCGGCCAGAUGCUGCCUCCGCUGACUCCGGCUGUCAAGUUCAAGAAGCCCCUGAAGCCUCCCGCAUCUGUUUCGCCGAACACCAACCUGCGUCUGCACCGCGACAAGGUCAACCACAUGCUGAAUUCGCCCCUGCGCCGUGUCAGUAAUAUGUCUGAAGAUCUGCCGUGGAGUCCUGCAUUCCGACUGGACGACUCCCUCUUCAGCGUCAAUGACUUCAUGGCCGACCCUGUCGACUUUGACAUUUUCGAUGAUGCCGCUUUCGACAACUUCUUCUCGGCGGUUGACACUACCGGCUCGCCUGUCAAGCGACCUGUGAAAAGAGCACGGAUUGAGCGGACUACCUCUGCGGACGCGUUGGGAGAAAUUACCAAAUCAGCAUCGAACAAGGCCAUCACCUCAGCCCCGUUCCUGAAGGCACCCACACCGCCCUUGGGCCUCGACUUUGAAACGCCAAGCAAGGCGUUCGAAGGCCUGUCGUCUCCCAUGAAGGCAUUCCUGCAGUCUCCGACAGCAGCCAAGGCCGCGCCCACGUCAAAAGGGCAAUGGACAGGUAUCGAGGACAUCUGCACUCAGCUCUUCGAAGAUGAUCCGGAUGACGGCGCUCUGGACAUAUUGCAGGGGUUCGAGAAAAUUGGCAGCAACCAGUCUGCCGCGGGGCCUUCAUCGAAACCUGCCUUUGGCCGCAGUUAUACUUCGGCCUUCUGAGGGUGUCAUCUCAAAACUUCGCGUCGCCUUCGACAACAUCAUGACCCACCAGCUCCUCCUACCACUACACAUGAUGAACGAUACGAAUGAUGACGAACAAG